CAAAGAGCGACGGUUCGCUCCGGUCGGUCUCCGGGAACGAAAUAAAAUAAAAAAAAAACUUAUCAAGAGUCGAAGGGUGGACCGCAGCAAGGACCGAAGCGAGAGCCCGAACACCCUCGUCGCCCUUCCGUCCGUCACCCCGGUCAACGUGGCAAGAAGACCCGUCGCUGGGUCUCACCGGCGACAACCAUGAGCCUGAGAUUCACCGUCUCCAAGAGCGACGGAGAGCGGCGCCCCUCGGACAUCCAGGGGGAGGUGAACCAGCUGUUCGAGGGAGACGAACCCGCGACCGCCAGCUCCGCGGAGGCGGACGGAUCCGCCGCCGGUGCCGAGGUUCUGGUGGUGCUGAAAGGUGACAGUAUUCCCAAGGAGAGCAGCCCCUUCAUCAACAGCAGUGAUGCUGCAGCAGAGAAGAGCCAGCAGUAUGACGGCAAGAACAUGGCCCUGUUUGAGGAGGAGAUGGACACCAGCCCCAUGGUGUCGUCUCUUCUCAGCAGCCUGGCCAACUACUCCAACCUGCCCCAAGGUAGCAAGGAGCACGAGGAGGCCGAGAACAACGAGGCCGAGUCAUCGCGCAAGAAACCCGUCAAGGCCCCCCAGCUCGGCACCCUGAUGGGCGUGUACCUGCCGUGCAUCCAGAACAUCUUCGGGGUGAUCCUGUUCCUCAGGAUGACCUGGUUGGUGGGAAUCGGAGGCGUCGUCGGGACCUUCGUCAUCGUCACCAUGUGCUGCACCACGACCAUGCUGACUGCCAUCUCCAUGAGUGCCAUCGCCACCAAUGGAGUGGUGCCAGCCGGGGGCUCCUACUACAUGAUUUCCCGCUCGCUGGGCCCUGAGUUCGGGGGAGCCGUGGGGAUCUGCUUCUAUCUGGGGACGACCUUCGCCGGGGCCAUGUACAUCCUGGGGGCCAUCGAGCUGCUCCUGAUCUACAUAGCGCCCCAGGCGGCCAUCUUUCCCCUGGAGGGCCUGGAGGGCCCCGAGGCGGAGGCCGCCCUGCUGAACAACAUGCGCGUGUACGGGACCAUCCUGCUGACCUCCAUGGCCACGGUGGUGUUUGUCGGCGUGAAGUACGUCAACAAGCUGGCCCUGGUGUUUCUGGCCUGCGUCAUUCUCUCCAUCCUCGCCGUCUACGCCGGCGUCAUCAAGACCGGCAUCGACGCUCCGGAUUUCCCUGUGUGUCUCCUGGGAAACCGCACUUUGGUUUGGAAGACCUUCGAUGUGUGCUCCAAGACGGUGGAGACCGCUAACGGGACCGUCACCACCCAGCUGUGGAGCAUGUUCUGUGACUCACCUUUCCUCAACGCUACCUGCGACAAGUACUUCACGGCCAACAACGUGACCCGGAUCCAGGGCAUCCCAGGGGUCGCCAGUGGAAUCCUGUCAGAGAACCUGUUUGGGACCUACUACGAGAAAGGGGAUCUGAUUGCCAGGACCAACAUGGACUCGGUGGAGGACCAGGACGACCCGUUGACCAACGCCAACCGCUACGUGUUGGCCGACAUCGCCAGCUUCUUCACGCUGCUGGUUGGAAUCUACUUCCCUUCUGUGACAGGGAUCAUGGCCGGCUCCAACCGCUCUGGAGACCUGCGUGAUGCCCAGAAGUCCAUCCCAGUUGGAACCAUUGCAGCCAUCACCACCACCUCCUUCGUCUACAUGUCCAGUGUGAUCCUGUUCGGGGCCUGCAUCGAUGGUGUGGUCCUCAGGGACAAGUUCGGAGAGGGAGUCCACGGGAAUUUGGUGAUUGGCACGUUGGCUUGGCCGUCCCCAUGGGUGAUCGUGAUUGGCUCUUUCUUCUCAACCUGCGGGGCGGGGCUGCAGAGUCUGACAGGGGCUCCCCGCCUCAUGCAGGCCAUCGCCAAAGACGGCAUCGUGCCCGCCCUCCGGAUCUUCGGCCAUGCGAAGGCCAACGGAGAACCCACGUGGUCCCUCUUGCUGACCGCUUGUAUCUGCGAGAUCGGCAUCCUCAUCGCUUCCCUGGAUUUAGUAGCUCCCAUCCUCUCCAUGUUCUUCUUGAUGUGCUACAUGUUUGUGAACUUGGCCUGUGCUCUGCAGACACUACUGAGGACUCCGAACUGGAGACCCCGCUUCAAGUUCUACCACUGGGCUCUGUCCUUCCUGGGGAUGAGCUUGUGUCUCACCCUCAUGUUCCUCUGCUCCUGGUAUUACGCCAUCGUCGCCAUGGUAAUUGCCGGCUCUAUCUACAAGUAUAUCGAGUUCGCCGGCGCGGAGAAGGAGUGGGGGGACGGGAUCCGAGGCCUGUCCCUGAGCGCCGCCCGCUACGCCCUCAUGCGGCUGGAAGAAGGUCCGCCGCACACCAAGAACUGGAGGCCCCAGCUGCUGACGCUGGUCAGCACGGACGCGGAGCAGAACGUGGAGCAGCCUCGCCUGCUCUCCCUGACCAACCAGCUGAAGGCAGGCAAAGGUCUGACCAUUGUGGGAACGGCUCUGGUGGGAACCUUUCUGGAGAACUACGAACAGAGCCAGCGUGCAGAGCAGGCGCUGCGUAAGCUGAUGGAGACGGAGAAGGUGAAGGGCUUCUGUCAGGUGACCGUGUCCUCCAACCUGCGCGACGCCACGUCCCACCUCAUCCAGGCCAGUGGGCUGGGAGGCCUGAAGCACAACGCCGUGCUGGUGUCCUGGCCGCGCAACUGGAAGCAGGGAGACGAGCACCAGACCUGGAGGAACUUUGUCGAGUUGGUCAGAGAAACCACCGCCGCUGACUUGGCUCUGCUCGUCCCGAAGAACGUGGCGGCCUUCCCCUCCAACGGGGAGCGCUUCACCGAGGGCCACAUCGACGUGUGGUGGAUCGUCCAUGAUGGAGGCAUGCUGAUGCUGCUGCCCUUCCUUCUCCGCCAGCACAAGGUUUGGAGGAAGUGCAAGAUGCGCAUCUUCACCGUGGCCCAGUUGGACGACAACAGCAUCCAGAUGAAAAAAGACCUGACCACAUUCCUCUAUCACCUCCGUAUCGACGCCAUGGUGGAAGUGGUGGAAAUGCAUGACAGUGACAUCUCAGCCUACACCUACGAGAAGACCCUGGUGAUGGAGCAGCGCUCGCAGAUGCUUAAACAGAUCAAGAUGACCAGGACCGAGCGUGAAAGAGAGAUCCAGAGCAUCACCGAUUCCUCCCGCGGGUCGAUCCGCCGCAAGAACCCGGCCGCCGUGACCACACAGCUGAGUGUGAGCGAGGAGCCGCCAGCAGGCAGCGAGGAGGAGAAGCCCGAGGAGGAGUCAAAGUCGGCCUCUUCCCCUGUUUCCCCCCCUGACCAGGUCCAGCUCAUCCACGACAGCACCACCCCCGCCAGCCCGGCCACCCCGGCCACCCCGCUGACCCCCGCCGAGGGGGUCCAGAGCCCCGGGACGCAGGUCCAGAUGACCUGGACCGAGAAGUGCGACGGCGAACCAGCCAAGCCGCCGGGCGCCGCCACGCCGGAGGGCAUCAAAGACCUGUUCAACAUGAAGCCUGAGUGGGAGAACCUGAACCAGUCCAAUGUGCGACGCAUGCACACAGCUCUCCGGCUCAAUGAAGUCAUCAUCAAAAAGUCCUCCGAGGCCAAGCUGGUCCUCCUGAACAUGCCCGGACCCCCGAAGAACCGCACGGGCGACGAGAACUACAUGGAGUUCCUGGAGGUCCUCACUGACGGCCUCAACCGGGUCCUCCUGGUCCGCGGAGGCGGCCGCGAGGUCAUCACCAUCUACUCCUGAGAGAGCAGCCCCACCCCCACCCCUCCUCCUCCUCCUCCUCCUCCAUCAACACCACCCCCCCCCCCCCCCCCCACUCCCUCCCUCCCCCUCCCUCUCUCAUCGACGCUGCUUCGGUACGUCGCUCGCGCCCUUCCUUCCUGUGAGGUCGUCCCUCUCGCGCCCCACCCCCCCCCCCCCCUCCCCCGAUAGCUCAGCUUCAGCACCGCUCCGUCAGCUCCAUCCCCAGCAGACCGAUGAGCAGAGUCACCCGCUCGGCCGCUACGCCCUCCGCUGCGGGGGCUUCUUUUACCUGUUGGCCGACUCCGGCCUCGUGUCCAUUUGAUGCGUUUGUUCCGUCGCUCGUCUGUAGCUCGCCGCCGAGACGGGCCUCGAGGUGGAGGGGGUGGAGGUGGAGGUGGAGGGGGUGGAGGUGAGGUGGAGUUGAGCGCACUUGCAUGUUGGUUCCGUCUUUGUUUGAAUCGAUUCUCCUCGAUAUUGUUGUUGUUUUCUUUUGAAACACGCGUGUGGCCCAUCAGCGGUGUGUGUGUGUGUGUGUGUGUGUGUGUGUGUGUGUGUGUGUGUGUGUGUGUGUGUGUGUGUGUGUGUGUGUGUGUGUGUGUGUGUGUGUGUGUGUGUGUGUGUGUGUGUGUGUGUGUGUGUGACUGGACUCCUCCCAUGUGAUUCAUCCUUGGAGGGACAAAGAGACUGUUUCCCAGGGGCAGGACCACCCAGCAGGAACUGUGACCCCCCCGAGGGCAUGGGAGGAAGACUCACCCGCAGCACGCCGUCCUCAUAACCGUGUGUGUGUGUCUCCACCGCCGUCCUUCGGCUCGUCCUCCGUUCGGUUCCAUCUUCUUAGUGGCCGUCCAUCCUCGUGGUCACUGAAAAGAGUAUAUAAAUAUAUAUACGACAAGGCUAGCUUAGUUUGUAGAGAUUGACACGUAACUAAAACUGUGAAUAGUGCGUUUCCUACCAGACGGCGAGUGGGGAGACAGUACAACCCCCCCCCCGAGGAGAUGAUCAUCGCCAGCAGCCCUCGGGUGGAUCACUGUAAAUAAUGUACAAGCUCUGACGCGUUGUUCAGUAUGAGUGUAGUAUUUUUGUGACAUACUAAAAAGCUUCUAGUGGAGAGAAAGCGCUCCUUCGCUGGAAAACGCUGUUUUAAAAUGAUAUGUAUCUAUUUAUUUAUUUAUUUAUUGGAUGGCAUAGGCUCCUGUCACUAUGGUAACUGUCACGCACUGCACCUGCACUGUCACUGUGCAACAAGUGAAAUUUAACAAAUUCAUUCUAUUUAAAAAAAGAAAAUACUAAAUGUUAUUUUUUCAUCUAGAGAACAAAUAUGUAUUUAUGUUUAUGGACUAGAGUUUACACAUAAUGAUGAAAUAGUUGUUUGUCAUUUUGAUUGUCACUUAAAGAUUUAUUGUUUUUGCCUCAUUUAGAUACAUUAAAUGUGCCAUAUCAAAGUAUUUUUCAAAGAGAAAUAGUGAACAAAAGUUCUAUUGAUUGGCUUGAAGAGAACAAAGUGUGGAGGCGUCCAACUGGGGACAGAGAGGACACUGUCGCAGUGUCAAAGUGGCCCUGCAGGUGGCGCUCAGACUUGAUCAGCUUUUCCACAGGAGAGACGGAUUGUUUGGGGGGGGUCAUGUCCAAAGAAGUAGAGCAGUAUCUAUGAAUCCCACGCUGUCCAUAAGACUGAACUCUAUGCAGUAGACUCCACUGAGAUUUUAUACCACCGAUUGGACACGACCUUGAGCUGAAUGACUUGUGAGAAAAUCAUAUUUAGGGUCAAAAAGUGCAUCUUGGACGGAAUGUGCAAUAGUUGAAAUCCGGACUCAUGUGAUCAUCGUGU